GGCAGACAGAGGAGAACGCCCCCGCGAAAAGUUCCGUUCUACAAAACCGCACUCUGUUUCAAACCCUUUCUCCACUUGCUUUCCACAGUCUCCGCUUCCGCCCCACCGAAGCUAGGGUUUCCGGUCGGAAUCGCCGCGAGAAUGCCGGCCAGCGCCGCCGAGGCCGCCGCGGAAGGCGAGGAGAAGGCGGCAGAGGCUGGGGGCAGGGAGCUGCUGUACUGCGGCACGGUGCGCUUCGACAUCAUGGGCCGGAAGGUGAAGGGAGGGCAUGAGGGCAGAGGCAACCUGGUGUCCCCGACGCGGCUGCGCCCUCUCGUGGGCGUGGACAUCCGCUUCGUCGCCUCUGGCUGCGCGGCUUGCCAUUGUGUUGCUCUGAGUGCUGACGGCCGUUGCUUCUCAUGGGGUCGAAAUGAGAAUGGGCAGCUGGGACAUGGGGACACUCUCUUGCGUAACCUGCCAAGUGUUGUUUCUGAACUAUCAAAAUAUAACAUAAUUGCAGCAGGUGUUGGAAGAAAACAUACAGUGGUCGUAACCGACGAAGGGAAGUCCUUCGCAUUUGGUGACAACAAACAUGGACAACUGGGGACCGGUUCACUGAAGAGUGGAACUGUGGUGUCGCCAGUCCCCUGCCUUGUUACUGAAGUGACUAAUGCUGUUUGUGGUGCUGACUUUACUGUCUGGCUGUCAUCAGUCGAGGGCUCUUCAAUACUGACAGCAGGUCUUCCGCAGUACGGCCAACUUGGUCAUGGAAGCAACAAUGAGUAUAAUGCCAAAGUUUCAUCGGUAAGUGUAGUGUAUGAUCCCCAGCCCCAUCCGAGAGCAAUAGCUGCAUUAUCUGGGAACACUGUUGUCAAAGUUGCAUGUGGAACAAAUCAUACAGUUGCAGCUGAUUCAAGUGGCUUUGUUUACACCUGGGGUUUUGGUGGAUAUGGAAGGUUGGGCCACAAUGAACAGAAGGAUGAGUGGCAACCACGCCUUGUUGAAAUAUUUCAAAAGAACAAUAUCCUGGGUCCCAAUGAUAUUAUCUCAGCUGGUUCUGCAAGUUCUGCCUGCACUGCUGGUGGUAUGAUGCAUAUAUGUCUGAUGCACAUGCUAUUUUAUCAUGCUACUCUGGGAUAAAAUUACUACAUGAGUUUAUUGCUUGGGCUAUACGGAAAACUAUAAUAGGAAAAGGCACUCUUGAGAAUACACUUUGGCCGGAUCACAUAUGGAUCAAACAGCUCUUGUGAUUAGUUUACCUUGUAUCUUAAGCUGGUAUUUAGUUAUGUUUGUGUUGCAUGUCUUGGUGAGCUGAUUAUACAAUUCAAACAUCCAACAUCCAAGUGAGAUGACACGAUUGAGUUAGCAAUGGAACCUAGCCUGUUGCAUACGCAAACCUAUCAAGCCUGCACCUGCCAAACAUUAUUUUAUCAUAUGUUGGCAGUUUUUCUGUGUUUGCAUUGCAUGAUGCAUGUGGCUAGAAGUUGUUAAACGGUGCUUCCUUUUUAAGUGUAUUCUCUUGUGCGCGUUACUACUUGGAAAAUUGAGCUAAAAGGUACUUUCUGAUAA